GGGCCGGCCCACGCCUUGUAUUUUGCCUGCUACGAAAACAUGAAAAGGACUUUAAAUGCCGUUUUCCACCACCAAGGAAACAGCCACCUAGCCAACGGUAUUUUGAAAGCGUUUGUCUGGAAGUUAGAGAGCUCUCUCCUUCAACAGACCCUUCCCCAGGGCUCUCCUCCCUGUGACCCAGCAGCCUGACGCCUCAUCUCCGCCAUGCUUGCUUAUGAAUAAAGAACUCUAGAGUCGUGUGUGCGCACACACCCAGACACAUGCACACACACACACACACACAUGCACACGCUUUUUCUGUUCCCCUCCUUCGCUUUCUAAAGCCUGGGGGCAGUCGGUGACAGAGGUGUUUCAGUUUUCAUUGUUGUGUGGGUUUUUCCAUUUUGUUUUGGUUUUUUUUUGUUUGUUUUGUUUUGGUUUUUUUUUUUUUUUUUUUAAACACGCAAAAGCACUUAAUGAUCAGAUCUAGGAAAAAAAAACCCUGACUAGAAACAAAACUUUUCAAUACUGGAUUCCAAAAAAAAAAAAAAAAAAAAAAAGUUAUCUGGACAGCUUCUUUGAGACUAUUUAAAAAAACUGGUUCAACAGGUCUCUACAACGUCAAGAUCUAACUAAGCUUUAAAAGGUCAAGAAGUUUUAUGGCUGACAAAGGAUUUGCGGCAGCACAGGCGACCUUUCCCACCUUAAGCUUCUGGGGAUUUGGGAAUUUCACCCCCAUUCUCUUCCGUUGGUCUCAGUGGCAUCCCUGUGAAGGAGUUUUCUUUUGUUGUUUUGAGGGCAAGAGGCGGGCGGGGGCUCGAGUUGGCACGGGGCUCCUACACAGCCGUGUUUUCCCGGGCCCAGCUCAGCGGCUCUUUUCACCUCUCCUGGAUAGCUGGGAGUAUGGCCACCCUGCUCCACGAUGCGGUAAUGAAUCCAGCAGAAGUCGUGAAGCAGCGCAUGCAGAUGUACAACUCGCCACACCGGUCGGCCCUCAGCUGCGUCUGGACGGUGUGGAGGACCGAGGGCUUGGGGGCCUUCUACCGGAGCUACACCACUCAGCUGACCAUGAACAUUCCUUUCCAGUCCAUCCACUUCAUCACCUAUGAGUUCCUGCAGGAGCAAGUCAACCCUCACCGGGGCUACAACCCGCAGUCCCACAUCAUCUCAGGUGGGCUGGCCGGGGCGCUCGCCGCAGCCGCCACCACCCCCCUGGACGUCUGCAAGACCCUCCUCAACACGCAGGAGAACAUGGCCCUCAACCUGGCCAACAUCAGCGGCCGGCUGUCGGGCAUGGCCAACGCCUUCCGGAUGGUGUACCAGCUCAAUGGCCUGCCCGGCUACUUCAAGGGCAUGCAGGCCCGCGUCAUCUACCAGAUGCCCUCCACUGCCAUUUCCUGGUCCGUCUAUGAGUUCUUCAAGUACUUCCUCACCAAGCACAAGCUGGAGAAUCGAACUCCAUACUAAAGGAAUGGGCUGUGGGCAGUGGUUCCAGAAUCUUUUAUUUUUAAAAGGCUUUCCCUGCCUGCCUCCGUUCCCUUGUCCUCGCACCGAGGUGAUUUUGGCGGGGUGUUUGCAGGAUGGGCCCUCCGCUCCCCUGAUGCCUUAGAGGGAGGGGACAGCCGCUUACCGGAAGGCCGUCCGCAGGGACAUCCGAGGUGGUAGGUGGGGAAAGACUGGAAGGGAAGCGACAAAUGGCUUUUUGUCUCCCUUCCUCUGGCAAGAAUGUAGCUUUUCUGCCUCACUGUAGCAGUCUCCUGCCCUAGGCUCGCAGUUCGCUCGAGAGGGGAGAAAAUGUGCAGUGACUGAAAACAUUAAAGAGAAAAAAGAGAGUUCUGUAUAUAAAAGUUCCAGCACACAGUAUAAAAUAGAUGGAUAAUGUUUAUCCUUUAUUUUUCUACGUAGACGUUUUUGGAUUUGUGUGUGUGCCUCUGUGUGUGUACAGAUAGGUGUUACAGCUGGGACUAUGAAGCUGUUUUUAAAAAAAAUAGAGGGCUGAAGGCUUCCAUCGGGUUAAGUUAAAAAGGCACCGAAGUGGUAAAUUGCUGAAUGCGGCCUAAAAUUGUGCGGAGCCCCCCAGAUGGAAGUUUCACUUGAAUGUAAAAUAAUAAAGUUUAUAUUUUGAAUUUCUCUUUUCAUGGGGGAAAAAGGUACGUGGAAAAUGAAAUCAUGAGCUAUUA